UAAAAAAGAUUUUAAGAAAAUGCUAAUGCUUAUAUAGAGCACUUAACACAUACCAUAGCUGAGGCAAGGGUUUGCAGUGCUUCAAAACAAACCUUUGAGGUAGGUUCUGCUUUACAGAUGGAAUAAUGAGACCCAGGUAUGUCAAGACACUAGCUCAAGUUCAGAUAAGACGCUCAGAGGUCAGAUAAAGCUUUCUGAGACUACACAGCAAGCUAGCGGCAGAGCAAGGACAGAAACCGAUGUUUGUCUCCCCUUCUCCUGCCAAGGGGAUUCUCCCCUUUCCUGCACCCCUGGAGAACUGCCAGGGGUCCCUGAGAAAGCAGAGAUCGGGAAGUGCGAAAGGGAUGCCUCCAAGGGAGCAGGCAGCGGGAGAGGGCUGGGAAAAGGGGCUUCCGGGGCUACCGGGUCGCCAUAGCGAGUGUGAUGCAAUGACGCCCAUCGCUGCGUCAAAGGGCGGCUCCAGGGAUGCAGGCACUGCGGCAGAGCUGGUCCCCACCGCCCGCGCCCACCUCGCCCCUGCAGCCUGCCGCGGCUAAGCCAGCAGGCAAUCGCUGCUGCUAACCUUCCUCCGGCAUCAGGACCACCGCCUGGGACCUCCAGCGACCGCUGAAAACCUCUCUCUGCCACAGGUGACCCCUGACAACCACGCCCAGGUACCAGCCGUCCCAGACAACUGCUCCAAGCCAUCGGUAACCCCUGACAACCGCCACCAGCCACCCCCACCCCCACCCUGGUCCCCAGGCGCACCAUGAAGUCGACGGUGGGCUUGCGUCGUGGUGGGUCUGGCGGCCGUGGAAGUGGCGGCUGGGGCGGAGGGCGCGGGGGCGGAGGCGGAGCGGGCAAGGGAGCAGGAGGCGACGGCGGCCCUGGAGGCAAGGGCGGCUUCGGGGCGCGGACGCGCGGCUUCGGUGGCGGCCGGGGCCGGGGGCGCGGUGGCGGCGGAGGAGACGGCCGGGGGGACCGCGGAGGCGGCGGGCAGCUGCGCGGCGUGGCCAAGAGCAAGAACCGCCGCAGGAAGAGCGUCUUGACGGUGUCGGUGGAGCCGCACCGGCACGAGGGCGUCUUCAUCUACCGCGGGGCGGAGGACGCGCUGGUCACGCUGAACAUGGUACCGGGCCAGUCGGUGUACGGCGAGCGGCGGGUCACGGUGACCGAGGGUGGUGAAAAGCUGGAAUACCGCACGUGGAACCCCUUCCGCUCCAAGCUGGCCGCGGCCAUCCUGGGCGGGGUCGACCAGAUUCACAUCAAGCCCAAGUCCAAAGUGCUGUACCUGGGUGCCGCCUCGGGGACCACUGUGUCCCACGUCUCCGACAUCAUCGGCCCGGACGGCCUGGUCUACGCGGUCGAGUUCUCCCACCGCGCCGGCCGCGAUCUCGUCAACGUGGCCAAGAAGCGAACCAACAUCAUCCCGGUCCUCGAAGAUGCGCGGCACCCGCUCAAGUACCGCAUGCUCAUCGGCAUGGUGGACGUGAUCUUCGCCGACGUGGCGCAGCCGGACCAGUCCCGCAUCGUGGCUCUGAACGCCCAUACCUUCCUGCGCAACGGGGGCCACUUUCUUAUCUCCAUCAAGGCCAAUUGCAUCGACUCUACCGCGUCGGCCGAGGCGGUGUUCGCCUCUGAGGUGAGGAAGUUGCAGCAGGAGAAUUUAAAGCCUCAAGAACAGCUGACUCUGGAGCCCUACGAAAGGGACCACGCUGUGGUGGUCGGGGUCUAUCGGCCCCUUCCUAAGAGCGGUGGCAAGUAGCGCCCAGCUCGGGCGGUCCCUGAGAUGUGCCCAAGACUGUACUGUGCUCCGUGUUACUGUAUAUUUUCUUCGUGCACUGUUUUUCUAUUAAAUGACAUAAAGAAACAGUACCCAGGUGUAUCAGUGAGGCUACACUGAGUUAUCCCCACAUCUCCAAAUCCCCCAAACCCUAAAAUAGCUAAGAUACCUGAUGAAAGGGGUCAAUCAAGAACAACAGCUUGGGGACUGUGCCUACUCCACCCACUCAAAAUCCUGACUGCUCAGGGCCCCUCUUCACAUGUACUUCCUCAUCACAAGGGCUGGGGAAAUGAGCUUAUAAAGUUAUCUUUGGAAGGGAGGGUAGAGUUGGGGGGAGCACUUCCUACACAUUGACCACAUCAUGUGACCAAGCCUGACUCCAGGGAGUGACACUGGGUAUUGGCACUGGGACUAACCAUCUGUCUGACUCCAAGCCAGAGUUCUAAUCAUAAUAAAUAGUCAAUACUUUUCUCUUCA